UUCUUCCGUUAGAAUGUGCGCUGGUCUGUGCAGGCUAUUUUGUUAACGUUAGUUAUUUUAUUUCUUUGAAUUUAACAGACUUUGAGGUUGCAGCUGUCAAUAGGUAUUUUCUUCAGUGUAAGACCACGAGGGCCUUGUACAUUGAUGCGUUCAAAACGGGAGGGUUUACAAAGAAAAUUACAGUGCUGCGUUAGCUGUCCAGUUGGGUAACGUUAGUGCUAGUAGGUAACGUUAACGUCCAGUGCUACUAAACAGUCUCUUGUUAUCGUUCAUCUAUUGACACAACGUCUAGCACCAUUUUAUCUGAAAUGUUAAUAUUGCGCCCCGACAUGAACAUUUUGACUGCAUUUUAUAUUGUGUUUAUCCGGAUCUGUUGAACACCAUCUCAGCAACACACUGCUAGCUGGCUAACGGAGUUAGCGCAGUAUCAACCUCGCCUAGCUAGCUAACGUUACUUCACCAUGAGCACGAAACGGGCCAAUUGCGGAGGUAUAGGAACUCAUUCACCAUCAAGUUCCAACUCAACAGGCAGUGGUGUCUGUCGCAAGCAGAGCACAGGCACUACUAAUAUGCAGUCAGGUGGCGGCUUCGCCUUUGAGCCGAAGGGCGAAAGAGCUGGAUGCGAAUCCAGUGUCUCCAUAUCGUCAUUGAAAAACCGUCUCGCCCCAACUAUCCGUAACACUCUCGCCGCUGCAGUGGACACACUUCUUGGUGAGAUGGUUCUCGUGCUGACCGAGACGCAGCAAGAUCUGGUGACUAAGGAGCAAGAAAACGAGAGACUCAAAGUACGACUUGAAGUGUCAGAAAGAGAGAUGAAGACGUUACAAGAUUGUUUGUGCAGCGCCCAGAAACUCAUCGACCAACUCCAGGGUCCCUUUGGUGGGACCUCAAAUUACGGGCAACAGUUUUAUCCCACCUCUCCUCCGGGGUCUCUUAAUCCUGGACUUGACCGGUCCCGAAUGGGACAUCGGAUCCCGAACGGGCCCGAUGCUCGUUGUUAUGGUGUUGAACCAGAUUACGGCGGUAACAUGGGUGAUGCUUCAAUGGGAUACGAUUCCCGGGACGACUACAAGAACUGCCAUCUGUCCAUUCAAGCGGAUGGUACCGUAACCAAUCACAUGUUUGACUCCAUGACGGUAAACUCUCAAGGAAUGUCAUCAGAACUCCACAGGCCAGAUGUUGGGGUGGAGGUGAGGAGACACCCUGAGGGGCCUAGCCUGGGCCCCCUGCCCCCCUCUGGCCACCGGCUGACGGUGAAGGAGGAGCAGGGUCAGGCCUCGGGCCCACUGUGUCGCCGGGGAGGCCGGGAGCCAGGCGCUGGAGCUGGGGCCCCGGGAGGAGGCGCGCCUGAGACGGAGCAGACUGCUCAGAGCGUAGGCGAGCUGGGCUGCAUCCACGUGGUGGAGGAGGAGGGCGGGAGUGGUGGUGGAGCUGUGCGACGCGGCUACCCGCAGACGCACCCACCUCCACCCGGUCCUCACAGUGAGGCCUCCACCAGCGCCGGCACACGGGGGCACGCCGGGCUGAGGAGCGCCCAGAAGACCACGCCGACCCGGGGGUCGCCUGGCACGGCAGCUGGGGGGCACGGAGGGAGCACGCCGGGCCGCUCGUCAAUCGGGGAGCGAAGUGAGGAUGGGGUGGGGGCCGGCGCCGCUGGGGCGAUGACCGGGACCGACGCGUCUGGCGGCGACCGUCCCCACCUGUGCCUGGAGUGCGGCAAGACGUUCCGGCUCAUCUCCAGCCUGAAGAAGCACGUGCGCAUCCACACGGGCGAGAAGCCGUACCCGUGCGCCGUGUGUGGCCGGCGCUUCCGCGAGUCGGGCGCACUCAAGACGCACCUGCGCAUCCACACGGGCGAGAAGCCCUACGCCUGCUCAGAGUGCGGCACGCGCUUCCGCCACCUGGACGGCCUGCGCAAGCACCGGCGCACGCACACGGGCGAGAAGCCGUACGUGUGCGCCAUCUGCGGCAAGCGCCUCAGCCGCCUGCAGCACCUCAAGCACCACCAGCGCAUCCACACCGGCGAGCGGCCGUGUGUCUGCCCCUGCUGCCACUGCAGCUUCAAGGACCCCGCUAGCCUCCGCAAGCACCUCCGCACCAGCCACCCGGGGGACCCCGCCGCCGCUGCCCAGGACGGGUCGCUCAGCGGCGGGUUCAAGGAGGACCCCGAGGGGGGUGCUGGUGGUGGCGGAGGUGGUGGCGGGGGCAGUGGGGCAGGAGGGGAAGAUGACCCUCUCCAGGGCUCCAUUGGCUCGUCCCCGGGGGCGGCCAUGCGGUUUGGGAUGUGGGGCGAGGAGGAGGAGCAGGAUGAGGAAGAGCAGCCGGUGGUGGACUGUGUGUAAGGGGACAGGCUUGGGCUCCGUACACACAAACACACACCUGCACUGAUGUGCAGAUAUGUGUAUGUGAUGUCAAAUUUGAAUCAGUGGGCAGGCACCUUGUUCCAUGUAUGUAUGUAUGUAUGUAUGUAUGUAUGUGUAUUUGUGUGUUUGUGAGCUUGCUUUAGUAUUUAUCAUACAUUAGCACCUUAAUGAUUGGGUCAGACUGUAAACUCUCCCAGUUAUCCCCUGGGCCUUUGUAUUAGUGGUAACAUGGGUGGUUUAUGACCGCCCACUAGGCAUAUUUCACCAUCUGGGAGUGAAAAUGUCACAUAACUAGCUUCUUAUUUUUCUUCUCAGUGAAAUGUGUUAUCAUGCUCAUCAUAACCAUCAUGUUGUUUUCGUCCAGCUCAGUCAUGCCUUUGUAAAAAAAGAUCUCAAUGCAGAUUGUAAAUAUGGUUAUGUUCUCAGAUUAUCUGAGCAGGGGAGGUUUAUGUUGUGGACAUUUGCCAAAUUUAUGGAAGAGAAACGAAAAGGUGAUUUCUGCCAAAGUAUUUUUUAGUGUUGGCUUAAAAGCCGUGCAGUUGGGUCUCCCAACAUUGUAAGCACAAUAAAUGUUAAACAUUGAAAAUUAAUUCAUGCCUUUCUUGUCAGCAGUUCAGACUGUAGAUAUUUGGUUAGAAACUGGCACAAUUGUGUUUGUGCAAUAAUGUUAAAAGGGGGGGUCAUGCUCCUGUAAUUUAACAAACUUUGGAGCCACUGGCAAUUAAGGCUGUUUUCAUAUUUAGUUAAUUUUGCUGGUCCAAACUCGUGUGCAAUUAUUCCCCCCAUUCUCUACCCCCUGGUCUCCUUUCACAUGACAUUUUUUGGCUGCGAACCAAGGUCGGUAUAUGUCACCGUUAGUAAUGCACAGCUUUUAUUUACCAAUGUUGCUCGGCAACAAUACAAGGGAGAAAAAAAUGGAAAGCUUCACUCCAUUUUUUUUCUCCUUCAUUGAGAUGCUUGGAGAGACCAGUUGCUAUGCAUCAUAAUUUAGCAUUUUGCCUUUACUUGGUACCUUCUCAUUGAACAGUGAUUUAUUUACUCUGAACAUUUACAUCCAUCAGUGGUCAUCAAUGGCAAUUACUUCCCGGAUUUAGAUUUGCUGGACACACCAAAUACAAAUGUAGCCUAGACCCCUGUCUGGGAUCCCUACAUCCCACCCUAAACGAGGCGAUCCAAUAGCUGAAGUGAGCUCUUGUCUGCACCAAAAUCUGUUGUGAGAAAGCAGCCUCAGUGUAUGAAUGAGUGAUGUGAGGUGUGAAUGCAUCUGCAGAGAAAUGCAUUUAUGAACAUAUGCAUUUGUGUUCAUGGUGAAGCUUUCAUUUGCGUGUGUGUGUGUGUGUCUGCAUUUUGUGAUGCAGCCACUGCGAGUAAUGUGCCUGUAAGUGUCCAAGAGAUCAGUGUUCCUCUCCCUGUAAAUUGCCUUAAACUCAAUCCGGUUGUCUGGUACCUGCACAUAUAACCUACAAAACCAUUUAUUUACUGACAUUGGACCAUCAUUUUAGUAUCCCAAGCACCUUACCCCUGUCACAUGGAUUACCGAUGCUGUUCUACUAAUACACUUUUUCCAGACCUUAUUCAACCUGCAGAAUGCCGUUUUGACCACAUUGUUUUGCUUUCCCUGCUGUGAGCAGAUGAGCAGAUUGCUUUCUUUUGAUUGUCAUCCUAAGUUUUUGGCUCCAUCUGCUGAUUGACAUGAAGGCAUUGGCCUCUCCUGCUGGGUUUCUUCUAUAUGUUAGUAUCAUGUGGAAAUGCAUCACUCUGCAUAAUGAUAAGCACCAACUUCAUUUCAAGGGUUAACAGGGUGUAUUUAACAUUUAAGACCGUUUCUUCUGUGGGUGAAUAUAUUGUACUAUAAUGCAUACUCUUUCUUCACAAAAAUAACUGCUAUAUGGGUAACUUUAGCCAAAUGGAGGCAUACAUUUUUCUAGGUGUUUUUGGUCCAUAAUAUAGCUACACAUUGUUCAUCGUAAAGUUGUGCUUUGGACUGGAGAGAAAUGUAGCAGACAAAAUUUAUACAGGGUAAUGUUUGAAUCCAUGGGUUAACAUUCUUUAGUAAGUAAUCAUUGUUAAAGCAGCCAUCAAAGUGCUUGCUUCAAGCUAUUAGCUCACUGAAGUCUGAUAUGCAUGGCAUGUAAAAUGUGUGAAACUUAGGCCUUUGCUAUACUUUGAUACCAAAUGUUUGCCGUUACUAGUCAUUUCACACUGUUAGUGUUGGACAGGCUGGACUGUUUUCUUUUAUUAUGAUGCUUUCAUAAUGAUUUGUUUUAAAAGUGCAUACAUUUGAGCAGUAAAAUCUAAAAAGCCA